AUUGUAUGGAACUAUUACUACUCUUUAUCUCCUUUUUAGAUCUUUGUGGUGAUAUUGAAGUUUUUUAAAAAGGAUUUGGUUAAUUUUUUAAUAAAUAAAUACACGCGGUGUACAUUAAAAUUUUAAUCCGGUACUUUUUGUAAAAUACGUUUUCUAAAAAAAAUAUGGGGGAUACAGAAACUUUCUAUGCCGUAACAUUGAGUGAAACUGAUUCUGUAGCACAAUUUGAAUUGCAGAAUGAAGAUGAAGUGGUGCUUGAGAAACUCAUUAUUAGACAAAUUGUCUUAGGAGCAGAAGCGGCGGAAGGUGAAUUUAAUGUAGUUCAAGUUGAAAAAGACGAUCUAAAAAUUCCAAUUGCUGUUCUUAAGGCCGGGGAAACUAGGAUCUUAAAACCAAAUUUAGAAUUUCCAAAUUCGUCCGUUACGUUUAAAUUGAUUCAAGGAAAAGGCCCAGUUUAUAUGCAUGGACAGCAUGUUGUAAGCGAAGCUGAUGUUGUGGAUGGUCAAGGCUUGUAUGAAGAAGAGGAGGAAGGUGAUAUGGAUGAAGAAGAACAAGGAGUUCAAACAAAUGGAAAAGAUUCAAAAAGAAAAUAAAAUAAAAAAAAACAUUUGUACUAUAAGCAGCUUUGUAAACUCAAAAUUAAUCAGAUAUGUAUGUGAAAAAGUGAAAUAUGUAUUAUUUUUUCAAUCAUAAAUCAAAAACAAA